ACUCUCAGUUAUCUUUGUUGAGGCAUAAUAACUAGCCCGUGUGUUGAAAGCGAAAAGAAAGAAAGAAGAAGAAAAAAAGCGAGCGAUGGAAGGUUGGGACCCAAACACGAAGUCGACGCUAACACAGAUCCCAUUGCUGACAACAAAAGCAGGUCCAAGAGACGGAGCACCAUGGACGGCGAGGCUGAAAGAAGAGUACAAGUCUCUUAUUGCUUACACUCAGAUGAACAAAUCAAACGAUAACGAUUGGUUUCGGAUCUCCGCUUCAAAUCCUGAAGGUACUCGUUGGACCGGUAAAUGUUGGUAUGUCUAUAACCUUCUCAAAUAUGAAUUUGAUCUUCAAUUUGAUAUUCCUGUUACUUAUCCUUCCACCGCACCGGAACUUGAACUCCCUCAAUUGGAUGGUAAAACUCAGAAGAUGUAUAGAGGAGGAAAGAUUUGCUUGACUGUGCAUUUCAAGCCUCUCUGGGCAAAAAAUUGCCCUAGAUUUGGUAUUGCACAUGCACUUUGUUUGGGUCUUGCACCGUGGCUUGCAGCUGAGGUUCCCAUUCUUGUGGAUUCUGGUAUGAUCAAGCACAAAGACGAUGCAACUACAUCAGCUGAAUCUUAGUUAUUCCAUGUUUGAUUAAAGCUGUAAAAGUAGAACUCAAGUUUUAUAGUUAUAGAAUUUGUCAAAGGGAAAUAAAAUGAGCUGUUUGAUUGCUAUUUACGGGAUUUUUCUUGUAACGUACAUUUAUCCUCAGAUGUUGAAGUCUUUAGAUCCGUAAA